UUUAAAGAGCUCGAAUUUGCUGGAAGCGGAGGAUACGCAAAUGUAUAUUCUGCUAAGUUCAAUGGACAACUAUACGCACUGAAGAGUCUGAGAAAUACGUUGCGGUUAGAACAUAAAGAAGCUAUGUCAUUCAUUCAUGAG